GAUCGCCUAGUCGGACUCGCAAUGCUCAUUCUCGCUUCAACCGUUUUCCUUUACUACACCAUCUGGACACUUUUGAUGCCAUUCGUCGACGACUCGCAUCCCGUUCAAGCGCUCUUUCCCCCACGAGUCUGGGCCAUUCGCAUCCCGGUGAUUCUUCUACUUGUAGGUGGCGCAGUAGUCGGAAGUUUCCUCAGCGUAGUCAUGAUCAGGAGCAACAGGAAGAAGGCACUCAAGGCGAAGCAGAAGGCAGCA